UGCCACCUUCUGCUCGACUCACAGUGUUAGAGACAAACUGUCAGGAUUCAACUCUCCGCAGGGAAUAAGACUUUUCUUUUUCAUCAAGUUUUUAUUAUUAGAGGAUUUACCAUGGAGGAGAUCAGAUGAAUAUGUUUGUGUUUAUUUCUGAGUAGUGGUUUCCAGCGUCUGCUCAGGAUGAUUUCGCUAUGAGGCUGCCAAACCAACCGUAAAAAUGUAUGAGGUGAUGUCCGGUGACACCCUUGCCUGGAAGGUUCCCAGUCCAAGAACCAGCGACUCAGACUCCAACCCUGAAUUGCCCUUCACUGGGGAGGGAGGGUCUGUGAAGAUCCUCAAAGUGUGUUUCUGCACUAACAACAACCUGGGCAAGAACUUCAAGCUCGUCAAAUGUGACAGUUCCUGGCAAAUUAGGGCAAUCAUCCGUUCCAUUCUGGUUAGUGGUCGACUGGGCCCAAACAUCGAACAUGCAGGAUGUUAUGGUCUCCUGUUAAAGCAUCUGAAGUCAGAGGAGCUUCACUGGCUCCAUCCAGAUCUGACAGUUGGAGAAGUGGAGCAGCGCUACGAGAGCCAUCAUGUGGAAGCUGAGUGGAGGUAUGAUCUACGUAUCAGAUAUGUUCCUGUCAAUUUCCUGGAAAAAUUCCAAGAUGACAGAUCAACAUUCCUGUAUUUCUAUCAACAGGUACGCAGUGACUACAUGCAAUAUCAUGCCUGUAAGGUCAGCGAUGGGAUGGCACUGCAGCUCGGCUGUUUGGAGAUCAGGAGGUUUUAUAAAGACAUGAACGCAAAAGGUUUAGAGAAGAAAUCUAACUUUGAGCUGCUUGAAAAGGAGGUGGGUCUGGACCUUUUUUUCCCUCAGCAGCUGAUAAACAGCAUGAAGUCAAGGCACCUCCGGAAGUUGAUCCAGCAAACAUUUCAACAAUACGCAACACUCAAAGAAGACGACUGCAUGGUCAAGUUUUUUGAGACGCUCAGAGAUUUCAUCAACUAUGACGAAGAGGUUUUCCCAUGUGAAUUAGUGCAAGGUUGGAGUCUGUCGGUGGAGCUGGUCAUAGGUGGGAGGGGCAUUCGCCAGCGCACACAGAAGAAUUCAGCUCCUGUGUUUCUAGCUGACUUCAAACAAAUCAAGAGGAUACAAUGUUUACCUCAGAGCGAUGGAAAAGCUCUCCUAAACCUGGACGUAGAGGGGGCCAGACAGAGCCUGUCAAUCAAUGUGGCCUCGGUCCCGAUGGGUGAAAACAUGAUAGACCUUAUUGAUGGCUACUGCCGCUUGGAAAAUGACACAGAUGAUUCUCUUAUCUAUCGACCAAAUAAAGAUGCCAACAUGCGAAGUUCCUUACCUGAGAUUCCCACAGGCAGAGACAACAGCUCCCUGAGACACAGCAUGGGCUCAGAUAUCUACUGUGAGAUUCUCGAUGAAAGGCCAAAAUCAGUUGUGAAGUAUGGGAUUGAUCGACAUGACAUUGUUCUCGGACGGAUUCUCGGUGAGGGCUUUUUCGGGGAAGUGUACGAUGGAGUUUAUAAACAUGCUAAUGGAGACAGAGUGAAUGUGGCAGUGAAGACCUGCAAAGACUGCUCACCAGAUGUGAUGGAGAAGUUCAUGAGUGAAGCAGUAAUAAUGAAGAACCUGGACCAUCCUCACAUUGUCAAACUGAUUGGUAUCAUAGAGGAGAAUCCAGUUUGGAUUGUCAUGGAGCUUUAUCAGUACGGAGAGCUUGGGAAUUAUCUGACUCAGAACCAGGACAAGCUGACGAAUAUAACUCUAGUGCUGUUCAGCCUGCAGAUCUGCAAAGCCCUCGUCUACCUCGAAGGGGUCAACAUGGUCCACAGAGACAUUGCGGUUCGGAAUGUGUUAGUUGCCAGUCCAGACUGUGUGAAACUUGGAGACUUUGGUCUGUCGAGAUACAUAGAGGAUGAAGAAUACUACAAAGCCUCUGUCACUCGGUUGCCAAUCAAGUGGAUGGCUCCAGAAUCCAUCAACUUCAGACGCUUCACCUCAGCUAGUGAUGUCUGGAUGUUUGCUGUGUGUGUGUGGGAGAUAAUGAGUCACGGGCAGCAACCAUUUUUCUGGCUGGAAAACAGAGAUGUAAUUAACCAACUGGAGCAGGGCAUCCGGCUGCCAAAGCCUGACAACUGCCCCCCUGCUCUGUACUCGCUCAUGACCCGCUGCUGGUCCUAUGACCCCAGAGAAAGACCCACCUUUACUGAACUGGUCAUCAAGAUCAGUGAUGUCCACAAGAUGGAGAAGGAGCAGGAAACAGAGCGAGAACGAGACAAAUUACGCUCCACAAAGUUUUUCGACACCAAGUUCAACUAUAAUGAACCUCCUCCUAAGCCUUCAAGAAUGAAACCAGGACGGUUUGGGAACACGCUCAGUAUUGGACUACACAUUCAGCUGAAUGAGGCUCUGUGUGCCAGCUCACCUGACCUGGCCAGUCCAUGUGAAUACCAGUCCCCUGUGGACUCCAUGAACACUUUGGCGGUGCCAGUCAGAUCCCCUCGGCGUCGCAGCAUGGGGGAGAGCGACUGGAGCCGAAUGGACUCAAACAGCCGAGAGGACGCCCAGCGCCUGUGGCAGAGGGAGAGGCAUCAUCUGCAGGACACCCUCCGACAGCAGAAAGAGCAGAUGAUGGAGGACAAAAAGUGGCUGGAGAAGGAGGAGAAACUCCUGGACCCCAUGGGACCAGAGAGCCUUCCCAGCCCAGAGCCUCCUGAAGCUGACUCUGCACCUCCUGAGAAGCCCCCACGGCUUGCAGCCCAGCCUGCGCCCACGGCUGAACUCGACCGCACUGAUGACAAAGUGUACCACUGUGUCAUGGAUCUGGUCAAAGUUGUGGUCCAGCUCAAGAACGACAUCCCAGGACUACAGCCGGAACAAUACAUUACCAUCGUCAAGUCGGUGGGGAUGGCCUUACGAGACCUGAUCCGCAGUGUGGAUGACAUACUGCCCAGCUUACAUGAAUCUGUCAGGACUGAGAUCGAGGGCACCCAGAAGCUGCUGAACAACGACAUGGCAGAGCUCAUCAGUAAAAUGCGUCUGGCCCAACAGAACGCCAUCACCUCUUUAAAGGAGGAGUGUAAGAAACAGAUGCUGGCUGCUGCACACACCCUCGCCAUGGACAGUAAAAACAUGUUAGAUGCUGUAGAUCAAGCAAGAGUAAGGGCUAACUUGGCCAAACCAGCCACGCUCUAGAGGACUCUAAACACCCCUGUUUAUUUGAUGCAACAAACAUACAUGUUGAAAUUUGCACAGUCAAACAUUGAGGUGUACAUUUGUGUUUUUAAAUGAUGCUGCAGCUCAGAGGACACUGCAAAAGUGAAAAACAAAAUCCGAUGUAUGCUAGCAAAGUAUCAUGUAUACUGAAAAGGAUGUUUUAGUGUAUAUAGUACAUGUAAUAGACUGUCAAAGUGACAAACAUCUGUGAUAUAAACCGUUGUCCUUCAUGCUUGGUCAGCCAUUUCCUUGAUCAUGUUAAGAAACUGAAAUCCUUGCCCUACAUCACAUAAAACAGCUUUGAAGUACAAAGACAUUUAAUGGAAAUUAAAACAAAAACAAACAGUUCACCUUUUAAGGAACAAUCUGAGCAUAAAAGACCCAAAAGUUUUAUCAGCCAUUGAACUGUGUGACUAUGAUGCAUUUAUGGUAAAAUGAUGAGAUGGAAACAAGAGUGCAAUGGAAAACAGCCAGAUAUUCUUUAAUUUCUCUG